ACACUGGACAGAACAGAAACAUAUUAUGACAGCUACAAAGCUACAUAGCGAUUUAGUUUUGAAUUGUUUUCCCCUUUCCCUGUUUUAUCAUGACAUACAAGCGUAAAAAGUACCACCAUGGUGAUACUCAUUUAAAAAAGCGCUGGAGAGUCAGAAAUCGGAAGAAGGAUCUCGAUCAGAUCGACGACGACAUCAAAGAGGAGAAUGCUGAUAAAUUAUUGAAUCAGGACGUGGAUUUGGAUCUCCCUGGUGCAGCGCAACACUACUGCCUUCAUUGUUCACGGUAUUUUAUCGAUGAUAAGGCGUUGGCUGAACAUUUCAAGACGAAAGUUCACAAACGAAGGUUGAAGGCUUUAGAACUCCAGCCUUAUACAAUUGAAGACUCUGAGCGAGCGGCCGGUCACGGUAACUUCGUACAGCCAGUAAAAAGGAAAAUUACAUCACAGAACACUGAUAAGGCGGUCGACGAAGAUGGUGACGCAGUGUUAGACGACGUUAGUCCGAAUAAAAAGAAAAAAGUUGACGAAAAUGCUACGUAAGAAUAUUGAAUUUAUGUCUCGUAAAGUUUUUAGUUGUAAGAAGUUGUUAGUGAGGAAGUCUGCAUUAUUUACAAAUGGCCCAAAAGCAAGCGAGACAUUUGUCUUGGUGACUCCUUAUGUUGAUAUACCAGAACUGAUCAAACAAAAGUCUGUAAUACA